AUGUGGCGUCUCUUGUGGCUGCCACUGCUGCAGCUAAUAUUCCUUCAGGCAAGCCAUCAAUUGGAUUUGGAUUUGGAUGAUGGCGAUGCUGAAUCGCUAGCACCCAUCGGCAGCGAUAAGGAGCUCUCUGAUUUGGUUAUCACCACAGCUCUGGGCAAAAUUCGUGGCACCAUUUUACCGUCACAAGCUGGACGCAAUUUUUAUGCUUUUCGUGGCAUUCCUUAUGCCAAGGCUCCAGUGGAUAACUUACGCUUCCAGCCACCUGAACCCAUCGAGCAAUGGUUUGAUAUAUUCGAUGCCACUUUCGAUGGACCCAAAUGCCCGCAACCGGGACUCUUUAGUGAGGAUGUCAGUGAGGAUUGCCUAAGGUUAAAUAUAUAUACCAAGGAGCUGCCCAACGAAAAGCAGCCAAAUGUGAAGAAGCCUGUAAUUGUUUUCAUACAUCCUGGCGGCUUUUACUCCCUGUCGGGACAAAGUAAAAAUUUUGCUGGACCACAGUAUUUUAUGGAUCGUAAUCUUGUAUUGGUCACAUUUAAUUAUCGGCUCGGUUCACUUGGAUUUCUGGCCACUGGCACUCGGCAGGCUCCUGGCAAUAUGGGGCUCAAGGAUCAAGUGCAACUUUUACGUUGGGUUAAAUUGCAUAUAUCACGUUUUGGUGGUGAUCCAAAUGCCAUAACCUUACUGGGCUAUGGAGCUGGAGCCAUGGCUGUCACUCUACACAUGGUGUCGCCCAUGUCGCAGGGUCUUUUUCAUCGAGCCAUUGUGAUGAGUGGAGCGGCAACUGGUCAGUGGUCAUUGCCGGAAAAUCAAAUCGAAUUAGCCAAAAAACAGGCAGCUCUUCUACAAUGCAACACUGAGGAAAUGUCCGAUAUGAUGGAUUGCCUCAAGGCGAAACACUAUUUGGAAUAUGCCAACACAUUGCCACGCAUGUUUGAUUUUGGACGCAAUAAUCCUUUGAUACUAUGGAAACCUGUAAUUGAGCCCGAUUUUGGUCAAGAACGUUUUCUAAUCGAAGAUCCUGUGCGUAGCUAUCAAAAUGGUGAUUUUAUGAAAGUGCCUAUCAUCACAGGCAUGACCAAAGAUGAAUUUGUUGGACCAGCCAUAUCCAUACUACAAAGUCCUUCGCUUUUGAGUGCUUUCAAUGAGAAUUUCGAGGCAUUGGCUCCUAUAUGUUUUCUUUAUAAUGCCAGCAAUCCGCGUGCUCAAAAUAUUAGCCAAGAAUUGCGACAACAUUAUUUUGGCCAAUUGCCCUUUGAUGCCAAUAGUUCAUUGAAAGCCUUGGCCACUCUUUACUCGGAUGCUUUGACUGGCUUUGGGGUACAUCGUUUCAUACAUUUGGCUGCUAGAUCUACAAAAGUGUAUUACUAUCGUUUCACCUAUCAGGGUGGACGUAGUCAUAUACACUAUCCCGAAGAUACACCGUAUGGAGUUGUGCAUCAUGAUGAUUUAAUGUAUUUGUUUGUGGAACCUUCGAUAAGUCGCAUGUUUACCGAAGAUGAUGAUGAAUUUCGUAUGGUGGAUAUUAUGACAAGAAUGUUUUCGGCUUUUGCCUACAAAGGGGAUCCCAAUAAACCAAGUGAUGAGCAAUUGCGUAGCAUUCGCUGGCGUCCUUUUAGUUUCAAGAAGCGUUAUUAUCUGGAUAUUGGCGAUGAGCUCAUCAUGCAAGAGAAUCUCAAUUCAGCACGUUAUGAGAUCUGGAAACGUUUGUUCCCUCUCAAUUGGCGACGUCAGACCAAGGAACGUUGGCUAAUGGAAUACAUUUAGAGAGGGUUGAUCAUGCAUUUUAUCCCCUACUGUACUUUUGUAUUGUAAUU